CUCCCUAUCGCCAUUCGUGUCCUUCCAUUUUUGCAAGACUCGGUUUAUAUUUUUUGUGGGAGAUAUUUUUUCUCUCUCUAAUAUCCUCCCUAUACUCCUCCUCUCUCUCCUCACCCUCACGCGAUUCAAUCAUCUCCGUUUUCCGAAAUCAAUUCCAAUUCUACGAUUUCCGAUUGAGAUUUUGAAAUUUGAAACGAUAAUAAUCACAUCUAAUUAGGGUUUCGAAUCUUUCCACGGCGAUUUAAACAACUUUUUCCGAUUAUCAGCUAUGACCGGCCCUAGAAACGAAGACUUUCACGGUACCGACGAGAUCGACGGCGUCGAUCGCAUUUCCGAUCGGUCAAACGCGGAGGAAUUCGAGGACUCGUCGGCCGCGAACGAGGUCGGGAGCUCCGGCGAUGGAGCGACGUCGUCGGGGAGUGAGAUUGGGCUGGAAGAGCGGUUGACAGGGAUACUGGUUGACGGAGGGGACGGAGAUCUGUUGCUCCAGCAGAGCAAUAGAGAGGACCGGGUUUUGCAGUGGCUUCAAGCGCUUGAUAUGCAGGUUAUGGGCGCGUGUCGUGCAGACGAGAGGUUGAAGCCUUUGCUGAAGAUGAAUGCUUCGAACGAUGCCGCAGAAGGUCGGUUGCUGGCUCAAUUAACUCAGCAUUUUGAGCCGGCGGAAGUUGGAAUGCUAGCGAGGUGCUUCUGCAUACCACUUGUUUCUGUUCGUGUUGGAAAGAUCAACAAGCAAGGGAUUUUGUUGUGCCCUACCAAUUCAAAGGGUAAUUUGAAUCUUACAGUCUUGCCAACAUCCGAUCUACGUCUUUCAUUUGUUGGGGAUGAUGGCCAUACAGAUAGACUAUUCACCUUAAAUAGCAAAUCCCAGUGCUCUGCCGUAGAAGUCAAUGAGAUUCCAGCAGACAAUUCUGGCCGGUCUUUCAUUAUCAAAAUCUCAGAUGGUCGGGUUUUUCACUUUUGGUGCUCCGAGACAUCAAAGCUUUUGGGAAUUGAAUUGAUUUCAAAGAUGAAGGAUCUGAUCAAGAGGAAGCCCUCUAUUGCUGAGUUAACUGGAAUCAGCGAGUCACGUCUUGGUUGCUUUGCAACUCACCUUCGUGCCUAUCUGGUGGGAUCAACAGUGGUUGGAAGCGGAUCAAGUUCUGCACCCUCAAAUACUGAUGUUAAUACCUCCAAUAUGGAGCUAUUUGAUACAGCUCAAGAUGGACAACUCUCGUCAACAUCAUCAAAGUCGCUGCGUUCUCGACAUAGUGUGAAUCAGUCAAUGAAGGCAAAUUCAUCGUUUCAGGGUAGCCUGAGUCCAAGGUCAAGCUCUUUCAAAGAGGGUCUCCCCAGAACCUUGUCGUCCCUGAGGAAUAUAACCAGGGAAAAGUUGAGAAGGCGAGGGGACAUUUAUCUUUCAGCGGUCGAUGACCCAACAAUCGUUUCACCAGUGGCAAUCAAUGCAUCAUGUUCAAAUCAAUCUGAAAAUGACAAGUGUGCAGAAGUUGCCGCAAGUUGCUCAUUAUCUUCAUCAAGUUUUCUGGAGUCACUUGGAAAAUUGACUGUCCAACCAACCCUGAACUCUGCAUCUCAAAUUCCAUACAUGGCUACUCCUCUUUUGUCCCCCUACUAUUGUUGGUGCCCUCCCGGAUCAUCGGGUUUGCAGUACUCACAAGAACCUCCUGCAAUCUCCGGCUCAUCCAUUGAAUCAGCUUUGCUUCCACCACUUUCUUCUUUAUUACCUGCCAGUAUGCCCUCCUGUAUGUUGACAGCAAAACCUCCACUUAAUUUGGCAGAUUGUCCCUUGUUGGAUUUCCCAGCCUUUCUUCCAGACCCACUCAUCCGGUUGCCAAGGCCAACUUCUCAGCAGAUCCCAACCUUCAAUCCUUUGAUUUGUGAUCCGAUUGUUCACAUUCCUGUUAUGGAUAUUUGCUCUUCCGGUCAAGGGUACCUUGUCAGUGCUGGCCCCGCUAUUUCAACUGGCAUUCCUCCCUUGCACUCAAACCUUAUGAAUCCAUUGAUUCCUCAAACUGAUUCUAUGUUGGAGAAGGGUGCUAGAGAGACUCUGCGUCGGCUGCUCAUAAGUGGUUCAACCCAGAGUAGCUCACCGCUGAUGGAUGUAUUACCUGCCAUGCUAACAAAUGCAGAUGAGAAUAGAAAUAUGCUUGUUGCUGGGAGCCGUGGUCUAUACACUGGAACCAGCGACGUUGAUGUAAUUGCAAAUAGCAUUGCAGCCAUGAGUAUGGUUUCACUGCCUGGGAUAUCUACUGGUGGAACUGUUUUGGAGAAUUGUGGCAGCAGCAAUGGUUUUGACAUGCAGGAUGAGGGAUCUAGUGGAUUGGGUGGAUCCUGUUUGGAAGAUCAGGGUACCUUCUGUUCGAAUUAUGGGAUGAAAAGGACUGAUGAAUAAUGUUGUAAUGGAACGGGGUCUUUUUGUUGUUUCUUUUGUAGGCCUCUUUCUUAGUCUCUACCGAUGUAGAUAUAGUUGUUGGCUGUAGUUUUGCCUUUUCCAAUUGUAAUUAGGGGUAAUCCCCACCUUUCUGGUUGUGUUCCAUGUUGUCCCUCUAUUGUUCAUUUUCAUGAUUACAUAUGAAUGAAUGCCUGUUUUGAAUCA